AUGAAUGUCAUUUCAACCAAGGAGAUGAUUUUAUUUGCUUUAGCUACAGUGGUCUUUCUAACAUCGAAUAGUAUGUGCCUAGAUGAACCGAUGAAGUCCAGUCUGCAGAGCAGAGAAGACAAUGAUGAUAAAUAUUAUGAGAUUACAGAUAAUAUCUUGGAAGAAAAGCAGAGGAGUCUCAAUUUUGAAGAAAUGAAAGACUGGGGAUCAAAAAAUAUUGUUAAAAUUAACCCUCCUACAGUAAACAAGAUGCCAAAUUCAGUUGCUAAUUUACCUCUUAGGUUUGGAAGAAAUUAUCCAGAAGAAAGAAGCAUUAAACCAAUUGCUAAUUUGCCUCUGAGAUUUGGGAGAGCUUUUGGAGAAAACAUACCUAGGCAUGCUCCAAAAGUAUCACACAGGCUUGGAAGAUCUCCACUUGUUAAAAGUUCCAGUCAAUCACUUCUAAAUUUGCCACAGAGAUUUGGGAAGUCACUGUCCAUCAAUCCAUCUCAAAACGCUCAGGAAUCUGAAACAGAUUGUCUUACUGAGACAAUGUUUGAGAUUUUGAUUUUUGAUUCCAAGUUAAGAUGA